CUGGAGGCUGGGGCAGGACGGGGAGGAGACUACAGAUGCGGGGUGGUACAAUGUGGCGCUGCGAGGUCCUCCUGCACUCAGAGGACGCAUGAGAGCUGAGGAAAGUCGGAGCAAACUGAACCAAAGUUAGUGCUGAAGUCAGUCUACCUCCCAAAGUGACCAUGAGAGUCCUCCUACUAAUGUGUAUGCCAGUUCUGCUGCUCGCCCAGGCCCAGUUCAGCGACCCGGACGGGAUUAAUUAUGGGGGCAGCGAAUACGAGCCAGAUUAUUUUUCAGUGAAUCUUGAUUCUCUUCCUGGAACCUACCAGCAGCAGGUUCGACUCGAACCACUGAUCCGUCCAGAAAAAUCAGGGUCUGAUUUGGAGACAGAGCCCACAGAGCCCGGCCCUCUCGACUGCAGAGAGGAGCAGUAUCCCUGCACCAGACUCUACUCUGUUCACAAGCCAUGCAAGCAGUGCCUCAACAGCCUCUGCUUCUACAGUUUGCGACGGGUGUACGUCAUCAACAAGGAGGUUUGUGUGAGGACUGUGUGCGCACACGAAGAGCUGCUCAGAGCGGACCUGUGCCGUGAUCAGUUCUCUCGCUGCGGCGUGGCAGCACUGAGCGGACAGUGUGCAUCACUAGGAGGAAGCUGUGGAAAGAGCUGUGGUGGCUGCUGAUUGAGUACUGAGAUCAGGGACACUACCUGCCCAGAUACUGCCGCUUUUCUACAACUCGUCCACACCCUGUCACGUUGCCCUCCUCCCCUGUACCACUCAUUACUCUCGUGCGAAAAGCACUUCUGUUUUUGAAGAUGUUUACUCUCUUUACCUUUAUCUUUCCACAUGUAUGUCUGCCCAGUAGAUCCUGUGUGUAAGGUUAAAUAUACUCCAAAGAAACUUUGAUGAUUGUAUAAAUCACUGGUGCUAUAAAAUCAUCACACUGGUGCUACAAAAGUUAACUUUUAGAAAUGCACAUAAAACUGCAGAACAUCUUUUUUUCUUUUUUUUGGCAUAUUGUAUCAUAUUAAUCUCAUGCUUUGUGUUUGAUGAUAUGUUACUGUACUUGUGUUGAGAAGCAGUCAUUGUCUUGAUGAUCAACUCAUCAAUGGUGGCCACUGCGCACUGACAUCAGACAAAACUAAUCGGUAUCCCGCCGUCAGCAGCCUCAUCGUUGAAGAUCAUGAGAUGUGUGAAGAAACAGGUGGUGAGCGACCUCAGUUUUUGUACUACUGCCACCUGGAUGUGUGCUUAGCAACCAAGCAGCGAGCGUAUAGAAAUAUAUUCCAGUGGCGACAAGUGCUCUGCAAAGGCAUCUCACAAACGGCCUCUGUACUACUGCUUUGUAAAACUGUCACUAUAAAGACUGAGAAAAAAAAUAAUAAACUUUUUUUUUACUACA